GCUCCACCGUUGACAUCACAGUCGACUUCUCCUUCAGUUUUAAACAACGAUCCUAAAGAAACAUGUCUGGACGAGGAAAAGGAGCCGGAAAAGCCCGCGCUAAGGCCAAGACCCGCUCCUCCAGGGCCGGUCUUCAGUUCCCUGUGGGCCGUGUGCACAGGCUGCUCAGGAAGGGCAACUACGCCCAGCGUGUCGGUGCCGGAGCUCCGGUCUACCUGGCUGCCGUGCUCGAGUAUCUGACCGCUGAGAUCCUGGAGUUGGCCGGAAACGCCGCCCGCGACAACAAGAAGACCAGGAUCAUCCCUCGUCACCUGCAGCUGGCCGUCCGUAACGACGAGGAGCUCAACAAGCUGCUCGGUGGCGUCACCAUCGCCCAGGGCGGAGUACUGCCCAACAUCCAGGCUGUCCUGCUGCCCAAGAAGACCGAGAAGGCUGCCAAGGCCAAGUAUUCGAACCUGGGGCCUUCCGUCUUCCAAAGUCCGCUUCCUUUACCACUAGGCCACCACUGCCUCGUCACCAUCAUGUAG